AUGGUGGAUGCGAGGGAGAAUUGGUUGAACUCAGCUAUGGUUUGGGGAAAACGAUCAGAUCUAUGGCAUGAGGGAGGUGAUGGGUUGGGCUGGAACAAGGCUGGGAUGUGUGGCCUGAGUAAGCUUGGGUGGUGGUUUGGGUGGCUGGGGGCUAGGAGGGGAGGAGAGAUCGGGAGAGAUAUGGGGUUGAAGAAAUCUGGGAUGGGGGAAGAAAUUGGGAGGAAGGAGGAAGAAAUUGGGAGAGAGAGUGAAUCUCGGUAG